AUGAAGAUCACCGCCAUCCUCUCCGCCCUCGCCGCGGCCACCUUGGUCUCCGCCGGCAAGUUCCACACCACCCAGCCCGGCAAGGCCAACGUCGUCCCCGGUGCUUAUAUCAUUGAGUACAAGGACGGUAUCUCCCACUCCAACGCUCACGACAACUUGAAGAAGCACGCCGUCGACUACAAGGUCCGCAACGAGUACGACGUCUUCAACGGCGCCGCCAUUACUGUUAAGUCCGAUCACGAUGGUAAGGCUCUUGCUGCCGUUCCCGGUGUUAAGAACGUCUGGCAGGUCGAGAUCUUCUCCCUCCCAAAGAACGAGAAGCCCACCAAGAACAAGAGCAACGGUGGUGACAUCGAGGCACAGUCCCUCCACCACAUGACCGGUGUCGAUGUCCUUCAUAAGAAGUACAAGUUGACCGGUAAGGGUGUCAAGGUCGGCAUCAUCGAUACCGGUAUCGACUACAAGCACCCCGCCUUUGCCGCAUCCGGUGCCACCGAAGGAUGCUUUGCCCGUUACGGCAAGAACUGCCGUAUCAAGUACGGCUGGGACUUUGUCGGUGAUGACUAUGACGGCCGUACCGAGCCCAAGCCCGACUCUGACCCCAUGGAUUGCCAGGGACACGGAUCCCACGUUGCCGGUAUUGUCGGUGGUAACGCCCUCAACAUCAAGACUGGUCCUAAGCCCGCCACCCCCUGGGUUGGAGUUGCCCCUGAGGUCACCUUCGGUGCUUACCGUAUCUUUGGAUGCGCCGGAAGUGCUGGUACUGAUGUUAUCAUGUCUGCCAUGGAGAUGGCCUUCAACGAUGGCAUGGAUAUCAUCAACAUGUCUUUGGGUGGUGGCUCUUCCUACAAGGAGAACCCUACUGCCAUUCUCGGCGAGAAGCUCAUUGCCCACGGCAUGAACUUGGGCGGUGCCGCCGGUAACGACGGCUCCGAGGGUGUCUGGAUGGUCUCAGACACCGGUCUCGGUGAGACUGCCACCUCUGUCGCCUCCUUCGACAACGUGUACGGCAUGUACAACACUGUCUCCUACGCCGGUGCUAAGUACCCCUACAGCCCCUCCGCCGCCACGGGUAACAGCCCCAUCGCUCUCCCUGCCUCCGCUACCUUGGUCCCUCUCGUGAGCAAGGCUGGCGCCCUCCUGGACGGAUGCGAGGCUGCUGCCUACACUGGUCUCGAUGUGAAAGGCAAGGUCGUCCUUCUCAUCGGUGACUUCACCCGCUGCGGCUCUGUUGGCCGUGGAGAAGUUGCCAAGGCUGCCGGUGCUGCCGGUGCACUCGUCAUGAGCGUUCCUUUCGGUUUGGCUGGUCUUACCGGUGCCGACGGACUCCCCAUGGCAUCCAUCGAGAACCGUGCCGGCGAGGCUAUCCUUGCUGCGUACAAGAAGAACCCCAAGAAUGCCUUCACCUGGUCUAAGGCCCCCACCAACAGCCAAGUUGAGGGCGGUGGAGCUCCUUCGGACUUUUCCUCCUUCGGUGUUGACGGUGAGCUCCGCUCCAAGCCCGACAUUGGCGCCCCCGGUGGAAACAUCUACUCUUCCUACCCCCGCGCCAAGGGUUCGUACACCCUUAUGUCCGGUACCUCCAUGGCCACCCCCUACUAUGUCGGUUCCCAGGCCCUUUACUACCAGGCCAAGAAGUCUAAGCCCUCCGGUGUUGAUAUCCGCAGGGCCUUUAAGAACACCGCCACCAUCUCCAAGAACUGGGACUCCAAGACCUACACUUCCGCCGUCAAGCAGGGUGCCGGUCUCGUCAACGUGUUGAACGCCAUCACCGCCACCGCCACCAUCUCGCCCGACCGCCUUGAUCUCUUGGAUACCGUCAACUUCCGCGGUGUCCAGAAGAUCACCAUCAAGAACACUGGCAAGAAGACCGAGACCUACACCUUGUCCCACGUUGCUGCCGAUGCCUUGAACUCUUACUCUAAGGGUAACACCUGGCCCGAGGCUAUCCCCGUCAUUGAAGCCGACUAUGCUUCCGUCAAGUUCUCUGCCAACAAGGUCAAGAUCCCCGCCGGCAAGUCUGUCAAGGUCACCCUCACUUUCACCGAGCCCAAGAAGGGCAAUGCCAAGCAAUUCCCCUUGUACUCUGGAUAUGUCAUUGCCACCCCCUCGAACGAGGGCUCCCCUGCCGUCCAUGUUCCUUACAUUGGUCUCAAGGGUGCUGUCCGUGAUGUCCCUAUGAUCGACGCCAGCGUCGGAGCCCCCGGCCUUGCCUACACCAAGGCCAGUGGCGCUAUCGCCGACCUUCCCGAAGGCAAGUUUACCUUUAACUUCAAGACCGCCGCCCCCACCAUCCAGGUCCGCUACGGCUCUCACUCUCCCGAUGCCACCAUUCGUGUCUAUGACGCCAAGACCAAGGCCUUCCUCGGCUUUGUCAACUCUCGCAUGGAGGGUCCCGCCUUCGGUGCCACUGGCCGCAUGACCAAUCUUGACGAGAACAGCAACCUCAGCAUCCGCAACUUCGACUGGCACGGUCAGGUCUUCAAGACUGAGAAUUCCACCGCUACCCCCGUCCAGGUCGCUGCCGGCUCUUACAACCUUGUUGUUGCCUCCCAGAAGAAGCUCACCAAGGGUGCCUACCCCGCCGACUUUGAGAUCUUUGAGCUCCCCACCGUUAUCGUCUCUGCUUAA